UACAUGACAUGUUGCUUUUGUCAUACAAUACAAAAAAAAACCUUUUGUCAUUGGUUUGUCGAUUUUAACUAUUUAAUGUGUUUAUUUUAGAUAUCAUGAUGGAAAUAAACAAGGACAAUAAGCCUGAACUGAAUAAAGCUGAUGAAACACAUAAUAAUAUUACAACAAUACAGAAUGUUGCACAGAAAGGAACUCGAGGAACAGGAGACAAACUGUGUGAAAAGAGGUUGAAAAGAGACGGACGCCAUACGGAUCGCUCGAGGAUUCACAGUGAGAAGAAGCCCACGUGUCAUCACUGUGGGAAGAGUUUCAACAGAAAAUCAAACCUCGUAAUGCACAUAAAAAUUCACACUGGAGAGAAACCAUUCGCUUGCCUUCAGUGUGAAAAAACUUUCCUAACUACAAAAGAACUUAAGAUACACAUGAGAACUCACACUGGCAAGAGACCAUACACUUGUCACGAGUGUGGAAAAAGUUUUACCCAAAAAACAAACUUGAAGAGACAUACGAAAAUCCACACUGGAGAGAAACCAUUCACGUGUCAUCACUGUGCAAAGAGUUUCAUUCAAAAAAGUAAACUUAAGGGACACAUGAGAAGUCACACUAGACAGAAACCAUUCACGUGUCAUCUGUGCGGAAGGAGUUUUUCAUAUCUAGUAAACCUUAAGAUUCAUGCAAGAGUUCACACUGGAGAGAAACCCUUUCCAUGCCGUCAGUGUAACAACAGUUUCAAAAGUAAAUCUAACCUUACAGCACACAUGAAAAUUCACAGUAAAGAGAAACCUUUCGCUUGUCUUCAGUGUGAAAAGUGUUUCAUAGAUGAAAGUCAACUUAAGACACACAUGACAAUUCACACUGGAGAGAAACCAUUUGCAUGUCAUCUGUGUGGAAGGAGUUUUACAAGUAAAAGCACUCUUAAGACACACAUGAGAAUCGACACUGGAGAGAGACCUUUUGUGUGUUGUCUGUGUGGAACGAGUUUUACCUGUAAAGACGCUUUUAAGACACACAUGAGAAUUCACACUGGAGAGAAACCAUUCAAGUGUGAUCUGUGUGGAAAGAGUUUUGACCCGUAAAGACGCUCUUCAGAGACACAUGAGAAUUCACACUGGAGAGAAAUGUGAAUCAAUGUGAAAAGUGUUUCAAAAGAAAAUCUCUCCUCAACACACACGUGAGAAUUCAUGCUGGAAAGAAACCAUUCCCAACUGUGGAGUAAUGAUAUACACAUUAGUGGACUUUCUGUUGUAAAGUCUCAAGUGCAAUUCAUACGUUUGCUUAGGACCUGCGACGUAGGCUAUGCGGCAGUUUUCAAUUAUUCUUCUGCGACAUUGUGUCUAGAGCAAAGGUUGGCCAAACUUUUAUCCAGCCCAUGAAACAGUUUAUAAUCAUAUUAAACAGUAUUACUCAUUUGAUGCAAUACCAUCAACAUCCAAAGGAUGUCGCUAGCACUGAAAAACUUGACUGAAAAAUGACACACUGAAUUGUGUGUGUUUAAAAUAGAUACUACACCAACAUCAGACAGAAGCCAUUAUGUGUUAUUUGCCAUUUUUACAUUUGAAUUUUAAUACUGUUUACUGGUUUGGCCUUAAGAAAAUGAAGUAUGCUUUAACUACAUUAAGCAUAUUUUUUAUUUGUUGUAACCACAAAUUUACUAUGGUGUUAUCAUGGUAUU